AUGCGCAUCUUCAUCCUCUCAGGGCAGAGCAACAUGGCCGGCCGGGGCGGCGUGCACCACAAGCGGUGGGACGGCGUCGUGCCGCCCGAGUGCGCGCCGAGCCCCUCCAUCCUCCGCCUCUCCGCCGCGCUCGAAUGGGAGGAGGCCUGCGAGCCGCUCCACGCCGACAUCGACGUCGCCAAGACCUGCGGCGUCGGCCCCGGGAUGGCCUUCGCCCGCGCCGUCCUCCCGGGGCUGCAGCAGCCCCCGGGCGCCGCCGGGAUCGGGCUCGUGCCGUGCGCCGUCGGCGGCACGGCCAUCCGGGAGUGGGCCCGCGGGGAGCGCCUGUACGAGCAGAUGGUGUGCCGCGCGCGCGCCGCGGCCGGGUACGGCGAGAUCGAGGCCGUGCUGUGGUACCAGGGGGAGAGCGACGCGGACUCCGAUGCCGCCACGGCGGCGUACCAGGGUAACAUGGAGAUGCUGAUAGCCAAUGUCAGGGCGGAUCUCGGGAUCCCGCUGCUGCCAUUCAUUCAGGUUGCUCUCGCAUCUGGGAAUAAAAGGAACAUCGAAAAAGUGAGGAAUGCUCAGCUUAGCAUUAACUUGCCCAAUGUUGUAACUGUGGAUGCACUUGGUCUUGCAUUGAACGAAGAUCAUUUGCAUCUUAGGACUGAAUCACAAGUAAAGCUUGGAGAAAGUCUUGCACAAGCCUACACUGGUAACUUCUUACAAGCAAACUGUUAGAGCCCCGUGAAUGUCAUGUAAGGUGGAAUUCUUCAAGGCUCUCAUUGAUGUUUGGUAAUAAUUAUAUUACUCAUAAACUCUACGAGAGGACCAAAUGAGUCAGAUGUCUUUAUGCUGA